CCCAGCGCGGCCGGCGCGUGGAGCCGGUUGGCGGUGGAUCCGGUCGCGCCUCACGAGGCAGCCGCGGGCGCGCCGCUGGGCGGGCGGGGUGGGGCGGGGGAGAGCCGGUCCCGCUCCGGUCCCGGUCCCGCGCCCGCCCCGCCGGCAUGGGGCUCAGCUGAGGGCGCCGCCGGUGAGUGGGGCCGCGGGGCGGCGGGCCCGGCCCGGCAGGUGACUCAGACAUUGUAUGUAUGAGAUUUGUCCACACACUGGCUCUUCAGACAGGUCUUCCAUAUCUCAAGUCGAGAAGUUCCAUAUCAUCCUAAACAUGGAGAAAGAAGAAAAGAAGUUUGUCAAUAAAGCAGAGGAAGAUGAGAUGGAGAUCUAUGGCUAUGAUCUGUGUCACUGGAAGUUGGUGCUAGUUGCUAUAGGAGUGAUCUGUUCUGGUGGCUUUUUCCUCCUCCUCCUCUACUGGAUGCCUGAGUGGCGUGUGAAAGCAACAUGUAAAAGGACUACCCUUAAAGACUGUGAAGUGGUUCUGCUGAGAACAACUGAUGAAUUCAAGAUAUGGUUUUGUGCAAAGGUUCGCAUUAUGCCUUCUUUGGGAGCCAGUCCUUUACAGAAUCCCAACCCUAUUGUACACAAGGUUUCAAACGGCCAUGCAGUUCAUUUCUGUGAAUCUGAUGCAGAAGAGAAUAAAAAUGAUUUAAAGAAGUGUUUGCCUGUUCGUUAUUUCACCCAUCACAGCAUGAAGUAUUUCUGGAAUGAUUCAGUUCAAAGUUUUGAUGUUAUACGAGGUCUAGAUGAAUCUACAUUAUGUUCUUCAAUUCAUAAUGAAUACAGCACAGGACUGACAAAGGGAAUGCAUGAUUACAGAAAAGCAUUCUAUGGAGUAAAUGAAAUUGCUGUGAAAGUGCCUUCCAUUUUUAAGCUUCUGAUUAAGGAGGUUCUCAACCCUUUUUACAUUUUUCAGUUGUUCAGUGUGAUAUUGUGGAUCACUGAUGAAUAUCACUACUAUGCAUUAGCAAUUGUGAUCAUGUCUGUAAUAUCCAUUGUUAGCUCACUCUACACCAUUAGAAAGCAAUAUGUUAUGUUACAUGACAUGGUAGCAGCUCACAGCAUUGUAAGGGUUUCUGUCUGCAGAGGAAACCAAGAAAUAGAAGAAAUCCUUUCCACCGACCUUGUGCCUGGAGAUACCAUGUUGAUUCCAUCUAAUGGGACAAUUAUGCCCUGUGAUGCAGUACUUCUCAGUGGUACUUGCAUUGUAAAUGAAAGUAUGUUAACAGGUGAAAGUGUUCCUGUCACAAAGAUUAAUCUACCAAAUCCUUCGGAGUAUCCGAAAGCAAUGGGAGAUGAAAUAUACAGCCCAGAAGUGCAUAAACGGCAUACUUUGUUCUGUGGAACCAAUGUAAUUCAAACCCGUUUUUAUACUGGAGAAUUGGUCAAAGCUCUAGUAGUGAGAACAGGCUUUAGUACUGCGAAAGGGCAGCUUGUUCGUUCCAUACUAUAUCCAAAGCCAACUGAUUUUAAACUCUACAGAGAUGCCUAUUUGUUUCUUCUGUCUUUGGUCGUGGUGGCAGGCAUUGGGUUUCUUUACACAGUUGUCAACAGCAUCUUAAAUGAGGUUCCAACUCAUACCAUCAUCAUCGAGUCUCUUGACAUUAUCACUAUCACGGUGCCUCCAGCGCUCCCUGCUGCCAUGACUGCUGGCAUUGUUUAUGCACAAAGAAGGCUGAAAAAAAUUGGCAUCUUCUGCAUCAGCCCACAAAGGAUAAAUAUUUGUGGCCAGCUGAAUCUUGUGUGCUUUGAUAAGACUGGAACACUUACUGAGGAUGGCUUGGAUCUUUGGGGAAUUCAACGGGUGGAAAACGCUCGUUUCCUUUUGCCGGAAGAGAGGGCUUGCAGUGAGAGCUUGCUGAAGUCGGAGUUUGUUGCUUGCAUGGCAACUUGUCAUUCCCUUACAAAAAUUGAAGGUGUGCUUUCUGGGGAUCCGCUUGAUUUGAAGAUGUUUGAAGCAAUAGGAUGGAUUUUGGAAGAAGCAACUGAAGAGGAAACAGCCCUUCAUAAUCGAAUCAUGCCGACAGUGGUUCGACCUUCAAAACAACUUUUCCCAGAAUCCAAGCAAGCAACAGAUCAAGAAAUGGAAUUGUUUGAGCUUUCGGCCAGUUACGAAAUUGGAAUUGUGCGCCAGUUUCCAUUUUCUUCAGUUUUGCAACGUAUGUGUGUAAUAGCGAGAGUUCUAGGGGAGAAGAGAAUGGACGCUUACAUGAAAGGUGCCCCUGAAGUGAUUGCAAGCUUGUGUAAACAGGAAACAGUUCCUGUUGACUUUGAGUGUGUCCUGGAAGAAUACACUAAGCAGGGCUUCCGAGUUAUUGCUCUUGCUCACAGAAAAUUGGAGUCUAAGCUUACAUGGCACAAAGUCCAGACUAUUAAUAGAGAUGCUAUUGAAAGCAACAUGGAUUUUAUGGGGUUAAUUAUAAUGCAAAACAAGUUAAAGCAAGAAACCCCUGCUGUACUUGAAGAUUUGCAUAAAGCCAACAUUCGCACUGUCAUGGUUACAGGGGAUAACAUGCUAACUGCUAUCUCUGUGGCCAGAGACUGUGGAAUGAUUCUACCUCAGGAUAAGGUUAUUAUUGCUGAAGCACUACCUCCAAAGGAUGGGCAGGCUGCCAGGAUCAACUGGCAUUAUGCAGAUACCCUCGCAAAAUGCACUAGUUCAUCACCAGCCAUAAACUCAGAGGAUAUUCCAGUUAAAUUGGUCCAUGAAAGUCUUGAGGAUCUCCAGAUGACCAAGUACCAUUUUGCAAUGAAUGGGAAGUCAUUUGCUGUGAUUUUGGAGCAUUUUCAGGACCUGGUACCCAAGCUUGUGUUACAUGGCACUGUGUUUGCUCGCAUGGCACCAGAUCAGAAAACUCAGCUGGUUGAAGCUUUACAAAAUGUAGAUUACUACGUGGGCAUGUGUGGAGAUGGAGCAAAUGACUGUGGGGCGCUAAAGAGGGCACAUGGUGGUAUAUCUUUGUCUGAACUUGAGGCUUCUGUGGCAUCACCAUUCACUUCCAGAACACCUAGUAUUUCCUGCGUGCCAAAGCUGAUCAGGGAAGGCCGUGCUGCUUUAAUAACUUCCUUCUGUGUAUUUAAGUUCAUGGCAUUAUACAGCAUUAUCCAGUACAUCAGUGUUACUCUGCUAUAUUCUAUCCUGAGCAAUCUGGGAGAUUUCCAGUUUCUCUUCAUUGAUUUGGCAAUCAUUUUGGUGGUUGUCUUCACAAUGAGUCUAAACCCUGCUUGGAAGGAGCUUGUUGCUCGAAGGCCUCCAUCAGGUCUUAUCUCAGGUCCACUUCUGUGUUCUGUUUUGUCUCAGAUCAUCAUCUGCUUUGCUUUCCAAGUCUUUGGUUUUUUUUGGGUCAAACAGCAGUCCUGGUAUAAGCCUUGGAGUGCAGAAUUUGAUGAAUGUAAUGUAUUGGAUGCCACAAACACCAGCUCUGCACACCAUGGGAAUGAGACUCUUCACGAUGAACAUUACAUUAAAAAUUACGAAAACACAACUUUGUUUUUUAUAUCCAGCUUUCAGUACCUCAUAGUGGCAAUUGUCUUUUCUAAAGGAAAGCCCUUUAGACAACCAUGCUACAAAAAUUUUCUGUUUGUUACAUCUGUGAUAGUUCUUUAUGUCUUCAUAUUUUUCAUCAUGUUGCAUCCUGUUGAAUCUAUUGACGCAUUUCUUGAGCUCGUGUGUGUGCCAUAUGAGUGGCGCCUAAGAAUUCUCGUCAUUGUUAUUCUCAAUGCAGUUGUAUCCGUGCUGGUGGAGAAUGUCCUCCUUGAUAUGAUCCUUUGGAAGGUUGUGUUCAAUCGAGACAAACAAGGAGAAUAUCGCCUCACCAUGGCCCAGCCUCCUCAGGAGGCUGUGGAUCGCUGUGGAGUCUCUUUCCUUUCUUCCCUGUUCGGUUGCAGAGAGAAGACGCCAAAAGCCAAGUAUAUGCAUCUAGCUCAGGAACUGCUGGUUGAUCCAGAAUGGCCACCAAAACCCAGAACAACAACAGAAGCAAAAGCACCAUCCCAAGAAAAUGGUUCAUAUCAAAUCAUCACUGUAACAUAACAGUGGAUCUUGGUGGCAUGUGUCUUUAGUAGUAUUCGUAAGAAUGUAAUUUUAAGGCUUUAUUUGAAAUUGCAAUAUACUAAAUGUCAAAUUCUAAUGCAGAUAUGUCCAACUGUUUUGUCUCCCUGAAUACAAAGUUCAGAGCCAGACAUGUUAUGGCUAUACAUUUUAAAAAUGUAGGUUUCCUUAGGCAGAACAAAAAUGAUUGUUUCCUUCCACCUUCUUUCGAAUUUCAUUAUUCUUAAAUGAGAUGUAUUUGAAGGUUUAAACUGCAGAGCAGUGAAAACAGGUUCAUUAUAUUUGCCUGGAGCAUCUUAAUCAUUGUGCUAACCUGCUUACCAGGGCACGUGUUUAUGUAAACCCUAUGGUGCAAUGACAUCAAUGUACUAGAGGCACAUAAUAAUCUUACCAUGCUUUUCUUUUUUUUUCCCUUUUUUCAUACUCAGCUGUUGAAAAGCUUUGUGCCUCAGAACGGUUCUGAAGUUUUGGUGUGUGUACCAUGAAUUUUGUCCCCGCUGUUAAGGACUGUUUCCAGGUGUAAUGUUUGGGUUUUAAAUUUAAUUCUGUAGUCUGCCACAGCAGGAAUUGGAAAUGCUAUAGAAACAUUAUGCUCUGUCCUUAAGAAGAAAGCACAUUGCUUUCAAGUGGGUUCUUGGCUUCUUUUGUAGCUAACCCCAAGGAAGGGCUUAAGUGGCCUCCAGAGGAGGAGGCAUUUGGCUACACUCUAAAGUUUUUGGAGAAGGAAGGCUGGAGAAUCUAAACACUUUCUUCUGUGUCAUGUUUUAUUACAUUUAGCUGUGCAUUUCUUCACACACCUUGUUUUUUCCAGCAGAAGGAUUCGAUUAUCCCUUUGUGGACCAUGUUUUAUUUGUAAAUCUUAAGACAAUUUUCCUAUAUACCUUGAAGUAGUAAGGCCAGAGUUACUGCUGCAAGGGAAAUGGGGGUGGGAGGGAAGAAUAUUUUCACAUGCCCAUGCUUUGGGAUUUGUGCAUGUUAAGAACAUACGCAUUUUAAAGAGACUGCCAGUGUCUUAAGCACUAUAUGUAGCUGUAUGAAACACAACUAAGUGAAAAUAGAUGAGCUAAAAUCUGUCUUGCUACAGAACUAUAAGGCUUAUGUGUAUUUUAUAUAUUAAAAAAAAGAAAAAAAAAGAAAGCUUUGCAUCACCAGUAAUGCUGCUUAAGCACUUGGGGUAGCGGUACAUUGUUUUGCCAUUAGGCGGUGUCAAAUACAAGACCGCUAAAAAAAUAGGCCUGCAAAGAUGUAGAAGCAGGCAUCGUCUUCAUGUGCAGAGUUUAAAACUUCUUUUCUAUUUUAUUGAGACCAUAAAUUACUUCUGUCCAAACCAUCUUCAACUUGUUAAACUGUUAGAAAAGUCGGUUUUGGUGUCUUCAGGAAGAUGACAAAAUAAGGACUCUUGAUCAGUCUGUUCUGACCAGAUGCAACUGACUGGUUCAGACACCUCCAAGCUUUGGGAGGGAUCUGGAGAAGUCACAAUUCUCUAGAGAACCUUCAGAGAAGCAAGUCGGGUCCUUCAGAGGAGUUGUGACAGGAGGGCCCCAAACUCCCUCGCUGGCUGGGAUCAUUUUAAAGUGUGUGUAUUCUGAUGAUGGAAUUCAAGGUUGGGUGGUAUUCACUGUUCUAUGGGCUUUGGUUUUUUUGUUCUUUUUUUUUGUUUGGGAUUUGUUUUUGUUUUAAUUCCUGUGGAGACAACUUCAUUCCUGCAUUGUUUUAAUAUGGGGAAAUUUUCAGGUCAGACCUAAUUCCCUUGUGCUGUUCUGUAAGUCAGUAUACACAGUGUCCCCCACUGCUGAGGUUACAGGUUCUGCAGCAUUUACUGUGCCAAUGAGGAAUUUAAAAGUCGUGCUAAAUGGUUUGGAAGACUUUUUCCUAGAACUUAAGUUAUUAGCACUUGCUCCUCAUAAAUAGUAUGCAUAUAAUGUCCUAUCCUCCAGUCCAGCUGCCAUCUCUCUUCCUGAUUUCUUUUUUUUAUUGUUGUUUGUUUUUAAGGGGAGGAGCAGGAGGAAGGGGGAAGUGGUUUUCUUAGCAUUCAUUCAACAGAGCAGUGUAAAAGUCCUGGCUUCUUAAGGCCAUAAACGUAGAACAACAUCAGUAGCUUUUAAGGAGUCUGCAACUGUGGACUUGGAUAAAUUUAUUAAUCAUGAACUUGAGUCAGUUGGCUGAUUUCUGUCACUGUUGAUUUUACACAAUCUUUGUAGCAUGGAAUAAUUGAUGAAGAAUAAUUCUGAGCUGCGUAAGUAGUAUUCAAAUUUAAAAAAAAAACACAAUAUUUUAGUUGAAAAAUGUUGUUAAGCUAUGCAUCUUGAACCUGGGAGCUGUGACUUACGCUUAAACGCUUUUGCUUUCCAUUUCAUUGACCAUCAUAGCUUGAGUGUUCCAUCAGAAGUGAAAGAAAACAUUUGUGUCUUUCCCUUUUAAAUACUUUUGCUUAAUACUUUCUCUAAACUGAUAAUUUCUCUUGGCGUAUUUGAUUCCUGAAGGUAGACUUUCAAUCUGAUUCUGAUUAAUUAGACUUAUCUAGAAAGUAAGGAGGAAACAGCUUUUUAAGGUAAGCUUGACUUUGGAGAGCAUUUUAGGGAACUCAGUUGCCAAGUGUCUCCACUUGAUUGAGUGACUCAUGGGUCAUGAGCCCAUUAAACUUGAAUAUUUUGCAAAUGGGAGCUGGUUUCCUCAAGGUAUGCGUUCAGAGUUGGUAAAUGUUCUUGAGGUUGCAUGCUUGAGCUCUGACCUAUUUGCUUCUGACGCUUAGUCAAGAAUACUAAAUCAGCUUUUCUAAGAAUCCUUUUUGUUGUUGCAAGUUCAGCCACAAAAUAAGCUUUUGCAUCUUCUGCAAUUAUUGGGAUUUAUGCCUUCCUGCCCAAGAGCUGAGUUUAGCCACCUAUAAUUUUUCUCAUCUUGAGCAGUUUAGUUUUUCUGGUUUUCAGAAAUGCAGCAAACUAUAUCUGCACUAGUGUAUUCAGUUUCUGCUUUGAAGUAAAAUGAAAUUCAGUUUGUAGUGAAAAGAAUCUCUUCUAAUGUUCAUCUUGGAAGUCUAAAUUCAGGUGAACAGACUGAUUUAGUGAGCUCCACUAGAUACUUAUUAGACAUUUUCUUCCUGCUGUAUAUUUUGGCCUUACGUUGAGGAGUUUGAUUUAUUAUUAAAUUAUUUGUGUAUGCAGACUUUAAUCUGUACGUAUUUUACUUUGAUGUAUUAGGAUUUGUAAAUAUUACUGAUUUUUAAAUAUUAUUUAUGCACAUACCUAAAGGACUGGUCUAUCCAGAAAAGCAAUUGCUAAAUAAUAAAUGUUACUUUUUAGAAAUAAAUUGCAAGAUCAUUAAAUUGUAUAUCCCUCAGGGUUAUUUUUAAAGGUUUUUUCCUCUUCCCUUCAGAUUCGAUUAGCAGAAACUGUAGUUUCAUGUACUAUAGAACAAAAUCUACUGUAAAAGCAACAAAAAAAUGCUGUGAGUAAUGUUUGAGUAGAAGCAGCUAAAACACUCACAGCACUGACUGUCCGUAUUCAUUGUAAUGUCAAUUGGAAACUCUUACUGUUGCACUUUUUAAGAGUUAUUGGAUUUUUAAUUCUAUUUAUUUUUGUCUUCAUGAAGGUUGUGCUGAACAGUCGUCACAAAUUGGGUAAAUUAUCCUGUACUGUAUGUGUAUAUACAGUAUAACAUUAAGCAGAUGUGGAGUUCUUUUUAUGCUGCAAAUUUUUAAUGCUUAUGUUGGGCAUCACAAAAUGAGAGAGCUGAAGUUCUGUAGGAUUUCUCCCAUGGAAUUCUGACUUGUAAACUUAGGUUUUUGUAUGUGCAAGGGAAAGCUGUGGGGUUUUGACAGUUUUUAGAGUCUUGAAUAUGUUGAUUUUUAUACAGUAAAGCUUCAGGUUUUUAAAGCUAUUUUCAACAAAUUGCAGCUUGUUUGAUAAUUAUGUGAACCAGAAACUACUCAGUUUGUCAUGAAUUCCUCAAGCCUAACACAGAUUAAAAGGUUCAUCAUUACAAGCGCUCUCUAGAAGCUCAGCUUCCUUUUUAUUUUUAGAUCUGAAAUGAUACUACAUCUUUGUAUUUAAAAUAUGUAUUGCUGCUCUAGAAUGGUACCCUGUUGUCAAGAGGCAUACAUAAUUAACUGUACAAUAGAAUUGUAAAUAGAUUGUAAAUCAUUUUUGUGACUGAAGUUCUUUGAAAAUAAAAUUAAAAUGAACAGAUAUUUUAACUCUU